AUGACAACUACCCGUACCAACAAAGAGAAGCCCAGGGUGGAUAUGGAAUUGUGCUGGUGGGGGAAUACGAGGUUAGCUUUGGAUGAGGUUUUAAAGAAACCUCGACUCACGGGAACCUUCCCAUUUAGUGCAGGCGAAGUGGGUCAGUCGAUCCGACAUGUCCACUUUUCGGGAGAAUCGAAAUUCCAAAUUGAAUUUGGAACAGAACUGGCGGGAAGGGACGAGGCAUUUGAAGGCGAUAUUCAGGAAGCCACGACACACCGCAUAAUAGGAAUAGAUUACUCAAGGAAUAUGGAAAUGACUACAUACGCUUUCGAUGUAACGUUUGUCAGGAUUGUGAAGAGCAUCACCUCAACCAUAUACAACAUAUCAUCUCCAGUAUGGAUGAUUUGUAACCAUAAAUCCUUAAUAAAACUUGUGAGAUUGAUGGCAUCAGUGGAAAAGGAGUUGGACAAGGCAUCGCUGAAAUUGAACUUGAAGCCUCAACUUUCUUUCUUUUUGUUCCCUGCAAUGGCAACAGUUAUAGCCAUAGCUCAGUGCCUCUGGCUGUACCGGAAGAACGAUUUCCUCCCUGCCUUUUCACUGGGCAGUAUAAUUCUUGGUUUGCUUCCUUCCAUGUCCUAUCUUUGGCAAUACCUCGCCCUCCAUGAUGUUCUCAGAUCUCUUAUGCACAAAAUCAGAAAACUAGAUGACACCGAAUGCUUCGUUAAUUCCUACCAUUCCCUAAUACUCGCUUACCGUGCGAUUGAUAAACUUUACGGGUUGCAGAUUUUGAUGAGUUUCAUCAUAUCGAUGUUAUCUAUCUUACAUAGCCUGCAUUUCACUUUCUCUAGAACAUUCGAUAUCAUGAUGGUCUGUCAACUCCUUUGGACCAACUUUUAUUCCUCCUUGGCGUUACUUAUUAUCAGGAAGUGUGUCUCUUCUGUGGAAAAGGUAAGCUAA